AUCACAGAGCGGUCAAGGCUGGGAAGGGGUGUUCCACUUGUGACUGAGCCUUAUAAGAGCUUGUUUGAACAGCCAUGUGCUGGCAGAGCAGAGGGGACAGGUCACUCCCAGGCUGAGACGGGGAGGAAACUUACAGUUCUCUCCUAUCUGUGGAGCUUUACAGAGGAUACAGGCUCCCAGGCUGUGAUGACCAGUAGCAUGGACAUGGACUGCGAGAGGUGUCAGUGCCAGCAUGAAGACAAACACUCAGCCAUUCUCUACACCCUCCUGAGCCAGAACCUGAGCCACAGCCCACCCCACCAACGCUGCCUGUGUCACCAGCGCUGGACAGUUUGCCUCCGGACACCCCAUAUCACCUGCCAGGCCGCCUCUGAUGUGUUGGUGAAAACCAUCAGCUUCAUGAAAAACCUCCCUUCCUUCCACCUGCUGCCACGGGGGGAUCAGCUCCUGCUGCUGGACAGCUGCUGGGUCCCCCUUUUCCUCCUGGGGCUGGUCCAGGAGAUGGUGACGUUUGAGGUGAUGGAGACCCCGGCCCCCAGCAUGCUUGAGAAGAUCCUCCUCGAUGGCCAGAGCAAAAGGCAGGAGCCUGAGUGGACGCAGCCCAUGCUGGCCGCCGUGCAGUGGCUGCAGUGCAGCCUCAACACUUUUUGGAGCCUGGACUUGAGCCCAAAAGAAUACGCCUACCUGAAGGGAGCCAUCCUCUUUAAUCCUGAUGUCCCAGGGCUGACGGCCUCCCUGCACAUCGAGAGCCUCCAGCGGGAAGCCGAGCGAGCGCUUCAGGAGGUGGUGAGGAUUCUGCACCCUGAGGACCAGGACCGUUUUGCCCUCAUUUUGCUCAUCACCUCCACCUUGAAAUCCAUCCCUCCUGCCCUCAUCACAGACCUCUUCUUCCGGCCCGUCAUUGGCAGCGCAGACAUUGUUGAGCUCAUCGUGGAUAUGCUGUAUGAAAUCACCAGCUGGCGGCCGGCUCCCUCACCGCACACGGCCCUGUGAGCUGCUGUGCUCUGCCACAGCUCUGUGGGUGCUCUCCAUCAGCUGGCAGGGCAGCAGGGAGAACUGGGGAGCAGGCACUCGGGACAGGCGCCCUGAGCUCCACAGAGCUCCACAGCUGGCUUUGCGUGUGCCUCUUGCUAGGCUGCAGGGCUCAGCAAGGUGUUAGCAGAGCACUCAGGAAAGCAGCCUUGAUUCAGCAGAUGUCUGUGGCAGCUCCUGUUCUGCCUCUGCCAGUCUGUUUCGAGGAGUGUGACUGUGUGUGUGUGGCUGUUUCCCUGUUCUGCAGCUGGUAGUACUCAGCUGCUAGCAAGCAGGCCAGCCCCGUGACACAGGGCAGAUUGAGUUAGAGCCUGCUCCAGUUGUUUUUUUAUCUCAGUGAAUCCUCAGUUCAAUUAAAACCAAUGUGUGUUUUGCUGUUAACUCCAAGAGAUGAGGUCUGACCUCAACUCACAGCCCAUGACAGCUCAACCCUGUGAUAGUGGUAUUUAGGGGUGCUGAGUAUCUUCAGUGGGAUCACUUGUAGAGUAUGACCAAGUGCAAACAGUCAGAAAUUAGAUCCUUAAGUAUUGGCCAAUGUCUGUUGUGCACGAAAUCUCAGAAAUAUUCAUAAAGAAUCUUCCUCAGGCAGCAAGAGGGAAAAGUACAAAAUCUUACAGGGUGUGCAGCCA